AUGAGUAAUGCGUUCAAAAUGUGCCCGGAGAGUGACGUGCAAAAUGCACUCGACGGCACACUCGCCUGGACGCACAGCACAGAAGAGGGCUUUGUAACAGUUAAAGUGCUAAGUCAUGAGAUAUACACUGGAAAAGCCCAGGUUGUGAUCCACCCAGAAGGAAACUCCAGCGUCGCGGCGGCGCAGGCGGCUGCCGAUGUAGUUCGCCAAGACUGGGGGCAGGGAGCAAAUGUAGGCGAAGGAGAAUAUACCUCAAGGACAACAGCAAAGCAAUGCCAGCUCCAAACUCAGGCAGAAAAACAACCUGCAAACGAGAAGCCUGUCGGGAAAACCAGCAAGCUUCACCUGAAGAAGAAAAAUAAUGCCUGGUUGUUGGAGCCCCCUGAAGCCGCAACUGAAGCAUUCGCUGAUCCCUUGUCUAGUAACUGCACUAGUGGCUUUGGCCGCUUGCCUUUUGUAACUGAAGGCGAGACCGAUGAAGAUACUGAGGGCUCUUCAGACGCCCCUGAAGAACUGUCAGGCUGCGAACGUUCCCUUCUUUCUGCAAAAGAGUUACAACAGAAAGCACUAGAGGCGGCUGAAGCUGCAGCCAAGGAAACUAUUGCGAAUUUCGCUCCAAAGCCGCCCUUCGAAGUCCCUCUCACUCACCUUUGGCCCUACAAUGCACCCCCCUUG